AAAGAAACAGUCUAUAUUGGCUARAAACAAGUGAGCAUUUUGGCCUUAAUUUAAGGUUAGGCAUAAUGUGAACAGUGUGCUUGAAAAUCAGAUUAUAAAAAMAUCAAUUUUGAAAUGGGCGGGGUUUAGCUAUAAUUAUGACUUUGUGGUUGUGUUAACUAGUGACGAUCCCAGUUUAUCGACUCGAGAUUAGCAGCAGAAACCGAAAAUGUCGGAUCCCACGGUUGCAGACACUCGCCGAUUAAACUCUAAACCGCAGGAUCUUACAGAUGCGUAUGGCCCCCCAAGCAAUUUUCUUGAAAUCGACGUUUAUGACCCACAAACUAUUGGAGUCGGCCGGAACCGAUUUACCACUUAUGAAGUGAGAAUGCAGACAAACCUUCCCAUCUUCAAACUUAAGGACUCUGUUGUGCGAAGAAGGUACAGUGAUUUUGAGUGGCUGAAGAAUGAGCUGGAGAGAGACAGUAAGAUUGUGGUGCCCCCUCUCCCUGGCAAAGCUUUGAAGAGACAGCUGCCCUUCCGAGGAGAUGAGGGUAUCUUUGAGGACUCCUUCAUUGAGGAGCGGAGGGUAGGCUUGGAACAGUUUAUCAACAGACUCGCAGGUCAUCCCCUGGCCCAGAAUGAGCGCUGUCUUCACAUGUUCCUUCAGGAUGAGUCCAUUGACCGGAACUACAUUCCUGGAAAAGUGUGAAUAAACACCCUAAAAUCUGURGGAUGCUGUACGCUGAUACUGGUAACACAAUGCCUCAAUCAUUGACUCUAGUUUUUCAUUUGUGAUAUAAAGGAAGUCUUGAUUUCAAACCUAUUCUUUAGCAAUAAUGGAACAUACCCCUGAGAUCAUAUAAARUAUUUAUUUUUCUAAGGAAGAUUCUGUUAACCUAGCCAUUGAAUCAGAGCCUAGAACUAACCUACACAAUCUUACCCUUUUUUUGAUAGUAGUAACUAUGUUAUAGACAUUGUAGAACAGUAAUGGUCUAUGCCUUUUGUUUAGACUUUAAAGUCUUGGUCUACAUAAGUGUAGUGAGACUGGCAACACUAAUCCUCAGAUGCUAAUAAGUCCAUGAAUAGCUGUGAUUUGUUUUCCUUUCUAUAGCAGCCCCAGAGAUGAAAAUGAUGGUGUACUCAGCCCAUCUUCUCAACCCUACACCCCCUGGCUGUUUGGCUUUAUCACUAGAGCCCACGCUGUCUCUUCCACAGGUGGCCCAUCCUCCUAGACAACUGCAUCUGCCGSAACUCUCUGUAAAUACUGUGUACAUAUAUACAUAUCUUAUUUGUAGUUGGUCUGGGGAAGCUCUGGGGGUAUUCACAUGCAGAGCAUUUAACUUGUAGCAGAAGACUGAGGGUGGUGAAUUUAUAAAACCAGUGAGUUAGUAAGUUACCUUUUUGAAACAACAGGAUUUUUCUGGAGUUAAACUUGAGGCUUAUUAAGUAAGUAGGAGUUGGUAAUAAUUAUAAGACUUAAUUUUUGGAAUGAGAAAAUAUUGUUUUAGUAACACAAGUUGGCUUCCUAACUCAUGAAUUCUGCUUGGUGAAAUAUAAUUGUGUACAUUUCUCAUGUGAAAAUGACAGGCUCUGCCAAAAAUACUUUCCCCUGAGCAAACAGUUUCUCAGUUKUAGAGAUCGAUCUCCGAAGGGAAACCUGGCCAACCUGACUCACCAACACAAAGCAUUCUAUUACGUUCCAUUAAGAUUCUUUUUACAUUCAUGUAUAUGUACUUGACAACUUAUUUACGAAUCUUGAUAGAGGAAUGAUUCCAUAGUGUCAUAGAAAAAAUUGCCAAGUAUUAGAUCAAGUCUUGGGGACAAAUAUUCAUUCAUACCACCUCAAUGGUCAUCAAAGACUCAAUUGRACUUGAUGUAAUAGUAGGGAUCUUAACCCCAAUGUGUUGGGAAAACUCCCAACCUAGAUUCUCGCCACCGUGGUCACAAUCAUUUUCAACCUCUCUACUGCAACACUAUUGUAGGUUGUUGUAAAUGAGAAUAUUUGAAAUCAACUUACCUGGUAAAAUAAAGCURAAUCAAUAACAAGAAUGUCCAGCAGGAUACUUAUUUUGCUUACACUCGCAGAUACAGGGUUGUCUUAGAAGGAAAUAUUAUUCAGUGUUUAGGUGCUUCUGUUUAAUGUGUGGGGUGAGGCUGAUGCAGCCGGAUAUGUCUGUAAUCAAGCACCAAAGACKGUUUCUGCUGCCUUGUGAUUGUGACAUGUCUUCCUGAAACAUCCUCGGCCUCACCACAACUAAACUGAUGGCUAGUCGCCAACCAUUUAAUUUGUGUUUUAUGUUCAUGUGUUUUUGACCAUUCAAAUACAUAAAGGCUGUUUUUUUUCUGAUUUGUUGACCACAAUGUACUGUUAGUUUAUUAAACCACUGAAAAUCUA